AUGGGGAAACAUACAAUAACAGUUGGAAGAAGUAUCCCAAUUUCCCUUGGAGCAACCAGAAUCAGAAUAGGCCGCAGGAAUGUUGCCAUCAAAAACUUGGAAACUCAAAUGGGACAGAUGGCCAUCGUUUUGACUGGAAGAGCACAGGGAAAUUUGCCAAGUAACUCGAAAAUCAACCCAAAAGAGCAUGCCAAGGCCAUCACAACUCGAAGUGGAGUGCAGCUACCUAAUAUGCAUGUCAAAAGGCCAGUCAAGAAUAAAGAGAAUACACCUUUUGUAGAAGAAGAAACUGUGGAGCAGGAUGAACAACCAAACACAUCUACUGCAAAGGAAAGCUUAGAAAAAGUAGGGAAUAAAGAAACAGUUAUAGUCAACCCAUAUGAACCUCCAAUUCCAUUUCCACAGAGGUUGAAAAACCACAAAAUGGAGCAACAAUACAAGAAAUUUCUGGAAGUCUUCAAGAAGCUCCACAUCAACAUCCCGUUGGCCGAUGAUCUAUUCCAGAUGCCCAGUUAUGCAAAGUUUCUGAAGGACAUAUUAUCAAAUAGACGCAAGCUGGAGGAUCAUGAAAUAGUAAUGCUAACCGAAGAGCUACUAGGAUUGGGAGAGCCUAAAGUAAUUAUAGUAACCCUACAGCUGGCUAAUCGAUCACUUACACAUCCACGAGGGAUUAUCGAAGAUGUAUUGGUCAAAGUGGAUAAACUUAUAUUCCCAGCGGACUUCUUAAUUCUGGACAUGGAAGAAGACAAGGACGUGCCUAUCAUAUUGGGGUGA